GAUCACGAAAUCACGGUCUCUCUUUUCUCUUCGUCCUUUCUCUAUCUUUCUGGAAAGUUGUUUGGUUUCUCCGUGAAACUCCAAGAAAUGGCUUCGGCUUCUGCAUCAUCUUCUUCUCCGGCGAACGAAGAGACGCAGGCGCAGAAACAGGAAAACGAUCGUCAUCAGCAGCAGCAGGAACAAGUGAUACAAGAGUGCUUGCACAGAACCAAGGCAAUACAGUUCUUCGGUCGUACCACGCCUAUCAUACUCCAAAACGACAAUGGUCCAUGCCCUCUCCUCGCCAUAUGUAAUGUUCUUCUGUUAAGGAACAAUUUGAAUCUGAGCCCCGAUAUAUCUGAAAUUUCACAAGAGAAAUUGCUUUCACUGGUGGCAGAGCGGCUGAUUGAUUCCAACAGUAAUGUCAAUAACAAAGAGGCUGGAUACCUAGAAAAUCAGCAGCAGAAUAUUGCGGAUGCAAUGAAUUUGCUUCCACAGCUCACAACCGGGAUUGAUGUAAAUAUAAAAUUCAGGAGGAUAGGUGAUUUUGAAUUCACCCCCGAGUGUGCCAUAUUUGAUUUGCUCGACAUUCCCCUAUAUCAUGGUUGGAUAGUUGAUCCUCAGGACCAUGAAACUUCAAUUGCCAUUGGGUCAAAAUCAUACAAUGCUCUCACAGCGGAGCUUGUUGCACUGGACACACAAGACGCAGAGGGUACAAGUAAAAACAGUUCUGAAGAUUGUGUGGAUUUUACUGCUGCAAAAGCUGCAACCCUGGGAGUUCCUUCCCCUAGCCCCUCAAAGACCAGAUCUUUUGAUAAUUCUCCCUGUUCUGUCUCUGAUCCCCCAAAACUUGGAAAAGGGGACCUUGAAGAAAAAGAAGCAGUAUUAAGAGCAUUGGAAUUAUCUAAAGCUGAAUCGUCAACUCCACAUUCUUUUGAAAGCUUUGUUCCUGUAGAUAAAAGAGAGGGGCAAAAUGGUGUUGGAAAUCAGAAGUUGCCAUACCCAGAGUUAUCCUUGUCAGAGAAUUGCAAUGAUAAUGAUAAUCAGACAAGUUUCAAGAGCAUUGCAAAUGAAGAAAAGAUUGAUAUGGGUGAUCAUGAUGUUCAUCAAGCAGUUUCUGCCAGUUGUGCUGACUCUAUUCUUUUCAAUGAAGUGGUUGAGAAGAGUAUUAUUCAGACCAGGGCUGUUGAGAAUAGUAGUGCUACUGCAAUUCUUCAGAUAGAAGAUGUAGUUUCUAUUUCUCCUGCAAAGCAUACUCCAGCCUUAGAUGAAAAUAGUACUGGUCCACACAUUGGUGAAAAGAUUGAGCUUCAAUCUACUUCUACAGGCAGUGCUCAUGAUCUAGCAGAUAAUGUCAGUGGGUGUGAUACAACAGAAUUAUCGUCCUUGCCUUUACCAAAUGCAGAUUUAGAGUCAUCUAGUGGUGGAAUACAACCUGGAGAUCUAUCUGAAACUUUUACUUCUAGUCUUGAUGGCAGUGAGCCCAUAUAUGAAGGAGAAGAGUGCAUAUUGGAUUCAGGAACUAAAGUAUAUGAAGAACAGGAACCUGUGUAUGAAGGUGAGGUGAUUCUUGCUGAACAGGCCGACAAAAGAACUCUAGAUACGUGUGAUGCGAGGUCAAUCACUCCCCAAGAAGGGGAACUGCUAAGGAACUUCUUGAAGAUCAAUGCCAGUCAGUUGACAAUUUAUGGGCUACAUUGCUUACGAAAUGGCCUUAAAGAACAUGAGCUUUGUGUCUUUUUCCGUAAUAAUCAUUUCAGCACCAUGUUUAAGUUUGAAAAUGAACUUUAUCUUUUGGCUACUGAUCAAGGUUAUCUAAAUCAGCCAGCUUUGGUUUGGGAGAAACUAAAUGAGGUCAAUGGGAACUCCUUAUAUAUGACUAGUAAUUUCAAGGAAUUCAAGGUGGAUAGUGAUGCAAGCGACAAAUGGGAUGAGGAUAAUGCCAUGACCAGCACUGCUGAUUUUAUUGCCAGCAUUGAUAGUGCAGCACAGGCAGGAAUGGAUAUAAACUCUGAUUUGCAACUGGCAAUAGCUUUGCAGCAACAGGAGUAUGAACAGCAGCCACCGCGACAGAAUGUGCAGCAACCAUCUACAACUGGGGGUUCAAGAUUGGUCACAAGUCCCCCGGUGGCAAGAAGUAGCGUAAGGCAGUCGUCGACUCCAAAGGCUGAUUCAAAAUCAAAAGAUAAGUGCAUUGUGCUGUGAGCUCUACGUUCAGCAUCUGGAAAAUUUGUGGCGUAAAUUGUUUGCAUGUUUUGAUCCAUUGUAUUGCUUGACACUAAUAAAACUCGAUUAAACCAAUUAGAUAUUUUUUUUUCCUUUUUCUUUUAUUUUUUGUACAUCAACAGUUAAUGUCAUAUUAGAUCACGUUUCUUACCGUAAAAAAGAAAGUACAUGGUGCCUUAGUGCCCCACUAAGUAGACUCUCCAAGCUUAUAUCCAAGUAGGCAUCAGUAGCAGAUGAGUUAAAUCCCUUUAAUCUCAACUUCUUCACCAACCAAGUGUUUGCUUUGUUGUACCUUCGGUUCUAUGUAUUGAAGUCUAGCGUCCAUAUUCAAUUGCCCUAGUAGGCAAUGUGAAGCUUCACGUGGCUCUUCUAUGGUCCUAAUCGUCUGGGGACCACAGCUCCUGAAAAGUCAUUGGAACUAUUGUUGUCAAGGAAGCAUUUGAUGUUGAUAUGGCUGAGCAACUUGACAAGGGCCUCAUCUAAAGUAUGGGUGUCCAUUGUCCAAUAAAUUCAUGGGGUCAGCACCUAGUGAAGUGAGAUCGAGCCUCAGGCCUCACUUGUCAUUGUGUAGGAAGAUAAUAACACGCUAGAGAUGUGAAGAAACCUGCAGGUAUAAGCAUCAAGUAUUGAGCUCUACGUAGUUUUUUAGUAUCCAUUGUGGUUGUUGACGGGAUCAUGUGGUAUCAGAAAACCUUGUAGAUAUCUGUCCAAAUCCAGCCAAACUAGGGCGUGCUCCCCUCUGCGCUCUGCAUUCUGCGGCCUAACCAUAUGGGACCCUGUAGAUGUUCCAUGUGUGUCUGAAUCAGUGGUUCAAGUUUUCAACACGUGAGACCGUAAGACUUUCUGGACCCUCUUUAAUUGGAG